CAAAGAAAGAACAAAAGAGCCUGCCCCACCACCACCACCACCACCACAACCUCUAAAGCUAACAAAGAAAGAACAAAAGAAGCUCAGGACGCAGAGGCGUAUUGUGGUAGAGUGAGACAUGCAAGAAAUGACCAGACAAGGCCUUUAGAGGCUUUUAAGUCAGAGGUCAAAAUGAGCAACUUGAUGAAAGUUCUUGCUUCUGAAGCAACUCAAGAUCCAACAAAGCUUGAAAUGGAGAUUCGUAGUGCUGCUGCUGAGUGCAAACAAGCACAUGUUGAUAGAAACAUUGCUCGCAAGCUGACCCCUGCUGAACGGUGUGAAAAGAAAGAGAAGAAGCUUUAUGAUGAUCCCAAUUCAGUGGAGACUUUUGUCUGUGUGCAGGAUCAGGGACUUAUCUCACCUCCAAACACAGGUUGUCCUGUGAUAUCCAAAUUCACUGGAGACUUUUUGUCUGUGAAUGCUCAGGAGAACCAACUGACAGGUUGUGCUGUGAUAUCAGAUGACAUUAGUGUUGUGGUUGUGGAAGGAGUUAGAAAAUCAAUAAAAAGAUAUGGAAAGUUGAUGCUGAGAAGGGUAAACUUGGUUGCUGCAGUUGGCAACGAGGAAGAGCUUGGUGAGGAAACAGAUGGCCCUUCUAACAGUUGUGUCUUGGUGUGGCAGGGUAGUGCUGCUAGAAAGUCUUUGUUGAUGCUGGAUUUCCACAUUACUGGGAUCUGGCUAUCAACUUCUGGGAGGAACUGUUCCAAUUCAGUAACUUGGUAGAGUUCAAUUGAACCGUCCGUUCAGGUCGAGGACAGAUCUUUAAUUGCUGUUUUGGUUUUAAUUGACAGAUCUCUCCGGUUAAUUUCAUGUUGGUUUUGAUGAAUGACACGGUGUGCCUCUCACUCAUGUAUUUGCGAUUCUAUGUUUAUCGUUUGCGUGUAUCACAAGAAGACUAUGCUCAGUGGAUAUGUUGUGAAUUGUCUCUCACCCUAAGAUCAUUUUUUUUAGC